AUGUUGAGAGUUAAGACAAAAAUAACGUUUGAAGAUGCUAUUAAAAGUAAAGCAGACAAAGAUGAACUUGACGCAAUGAACAAAGUUUUGAAAUCUCAUAAACACAAUAUCUCCGAUAUAAAUGAACUUCAAGCUACAUUAAAUAGUAAAGCUGAAAAGAACCAUACACAUGAAUCCUUCACUACUGUUAGAGCAGACGACAUAAUAUUGAACUAUACCCUUGGUUCAAGUGCACCUUUAGAGAAUCCAAGUACAAGCGUAAAAGAUACACUAAACUCCUUAAAUAACAAAUGCACUAAUAUUGAAGGUCAUGUCAGAAACUUUGAAACACAUGAACUACCAGCAAUGUUCGAUAAGAAAGCAGAUAAAGAACAUACACAUAACUCCUUCUCAACUGUUGCUAUAGAAAGUAUUGAAGGAACGGUUGGCGGAACUGGUGGGGAUGCAUUAUAUUAUAAACCUCCUAACUUUCCACAAGGUUUAACAUCGAAUGAAAACAUAACAACGAAGAAAGAAAUUAGCUGUAAAAAUGUUUAUGUCAUAGAUGAUGAAAAUAAUGUUAAAUUCACUGCUCAAGAUUUAUAUGAUAAGAAAGCAGACAAAACAGAGCUUCAAACAUUAAAGACUGAAAUACUUCAAACAUUAUAUCCUGUUGGUUCUUUAUAUACAUCAAUGAAUUCAACAAAUCCAGCAAGUGUUUUAGGUUUUGGUACAUGGAAGCAGAUUGUAGACAAAUUCUUAUAUUGUACUAAUAAUUCAAAACAAGCCGGUGGUUCAAAGAAAAUUAAAGAAGCAAACCUUCCACCGCACACUCAUACAGGAACUACAAACUUUUCUGGCGACCAUAGCCACUCAUUAAGAGACCACCCAUUAUACAACUCAGACUAUGAAGCUGGCAAUGACGUUUUAUCUCCAUCUUAUAACAAUUCAGCAAAAAAGACUUUUCGACCAACUGAACCAGGAGGAAAUCAUGUCCAUACUUUCACAACAAAUCCAACAGGCUUGGGUAAAGAUUACAUGCCACCAUUUGUGACUGUAUUCGCAUGGUACCGCGUUCAAUGA